UCUGCGCGGACGCAUAAUGAUACAGAUGGUUUUAUUACGGUAUCCCGCUUUAUGGUGACCGAAACUGCUGUUGUUUAGGAAAAAUAUCCCCCCCCCCUGUUACCAGUUGUGUUUUUUGGAUGCGCCAUGCAGUCUCGCUGGUGGAGUUGUGGCAUUCGGCUGGUGGCAUGGACGUGGGUUUGGAGUCUGGCAUUGCUCGGAGCAUUGUGCAUCCCCGCAAACGAAGUGAACCUGCUGGAUUCUCGCUCUGUGAUGGGAGAUCUAGGAUGGGUGGCCUAUCCUAAGAAUGGGUGGGAGGAGAUCGGCGAAGUAGACGAGGACUACGCUCCCAUCCACACCUACCAAGUGUGCCGGGUCAUGGAGCAGAACCAGAACAAUUGGCUCCACACCAACUGGAUCCUGACCGAGGGUGCCCAGCGGGUCUUCAUCGAGCUCAAAUUCACCCUGAGAGACUGCAACAGCCUGCCUGGGGGGGUUGGGACCUGCAAGGAGACGUUUAACAUGUAUUACUAUGAAACGAAUGGGGACGAGGAGGAAAUGGAGGAUGGAGAGAUGAGAGAUGGAACGGGGAUGACAGAAGAGGAAGACAGGGUUAUGAAGGAGAGCAGAUAUAUCAAAAUUGACACCAUAGCAGCUGACGAGAGCUUUACCGAGCUAGACCUAGGGGACCGCGUGAUGAAGCUCAACACGGAAGUCCGCGAUUUAGGUCCCUUGAGCCGGAAGGGCUUCUACCUUGCAUUUCAGGAUUUGGGGGCCUGUAUAGCUUUAGUGUCUGUGCGUGUGUUCUACAAACGCUGCCCGUUUCUGGUGAAGAGUUUAGCCGAGUUCCCCGACACCAUCCCGGGCUCAGAGGCCUCGCAGCUGGUGGAGGUAGUGGGCCGCUGCGUCAAUAACUCCCUGCCUUUAUACGAGCCUCCCAGGAUGCAUUGCAGCACCGAGGGUGAAUGGCUGGUGCCCAUCGGGAAGUGUGUGUGCCAGCCAGGAUUUGAGGAAAUCAACGGAUCCUGUCAAGCUUGCUAGCAGCAUUGCUCUAGG